UGUUUGGGAGAGCCAUUGUUUUAGCCGCAAGCAAUUUUUACUUUAAAGUUUACCGUUUUAAAAUAGGCUACUUAUUUAAGUUUAUUUUCAAGACAUUUUAAAGUUGACAAGUGAUCUGACAGCUUUGUCACUAAUUAUAACUAAAGGUAGAUUUCGGUCAAAUUGGGAUCAACUUCUAUUUGGGCAAAUAGCCCAGAUCUAUUGAAAUCGCAUUGUCUUGGCACUUUUCAUGCAUAGUCUAUUCAUGAAAUUAAUUAUCUUGAGUUUGAGGGAUGUUUAAUAAUUUCAAGCUAGCCUACACCACCAACUGCACAUCUAUAGGCCUAAUUUGUGUUGGUUGAAUGAUUGGCUCGGUAAUUGAUUGGCGCCAUAAUUUCAUUAUUCCUUACAUUACCAUAUUUCACGUGCAUUAGCGAGAAAUUAUAUUCCAUAAUAUUGUGAAUGGAGUGCAUCUCACAUGGGCACAUAGAAUAAAUGUGCAGUGCAUCCAUGUGUUUCUACGCGGGAGCCAUGCAUUUGUGGCUAUCGGGGAGGAUUUAUAGCCUAAUCGUGAUGAAUCCCCGUGGUGGCACGCGCAGGUCUUCGUAAUUAUGGCAGUCGUUCUAACCGAGAGGGGAGAGAGAAAAAAAACACCCUGAUAGGAGGCAUUUUAUCUUCAUCACUGGACCGCUCAAUUCCAAUUAAUUUGACAAGAUUUCCCUCACGCGAAGCGCAAAUCCCUAUUAAAAGACGCAUACUGUAAAUGACAACCCUCUAAACGCUUCGCGUGUCCGAAUGAAAUGGAAGAGGAGAGAAAGGGAACGACAAAAGGUUAAGACGCAGCUUCCCGGAGUUAUUUCCCGGCAGAGCGCCCUAAGCCACAGUCAUUGGCCCUAAGCCAGCCCCCUCCCGAGUGCUCCUAGUGUUUCUAUAGUAAUUUCUAACCAAUGAUCAGUAGGUGUCCACAUCCUAGCUUCCUCACCUCAGCACCAAUCAGCCACACACAGCGACAGGAGACAGCACGGAGCUAACACUAGGCAGCCACACACAAUACACCUCGGACCAAGCAGAGGAAACACCUACAACGCACCGUUAUUUCCCCCCUACAGCGCCGUGGUUUUAUAAUAAUAAACCGUUUUUUUUCUUCUAAAAAGCUCGAUAAGCUAUCGCUUUAAGUUUGCUAUUUUUUUGUACUUUUUUUCUCAAGCCAGGAAAAUAAGUCUGUAAACAUGCUCCUUUUGUUUUGAGCGCUCUUUUUCAGUGUGGCUGUGCUCUUCCCACAUCCUCGCGUUAUUUUAUAUCUCCAUCGCGCCUUGCGGUAAUGUGCCGCUCUGUGUUGGCAGCCGACUGCUAGGCGUCUGGAAUCUCUUCUCGCCAGGAACCUGGUAGUGCUGGAGGAGACAGAAGCAGGAUGGUAACAUAUUGUUGGUGGUAACCAGCAGCUUCUAGUUUGACGAAGGCCACCGUUGACGGCGACCCCGGACUCUUUCCCCAGUGAACCCUGCUCAACCGUCCCCCAGCCAUGUCUAAUAUAAACAAUGCUCUCUGCAUUGAGAACGGACAGAACGCAGACGUGUCUCUCUUACAAAAGGAUAACCUUCAGAACCUGCAGAACCUGCAGAACUUGCAGAACCUCCAGGAUGGUGGAUUAAGCCAACUUUUGGAUUAUAACGCUGAGAUGGAACGGUACCGCUCUUUCGCAAACUUUUACAAAACCAACGGCGCGUUCGGCCAGACGGCCAAGAUCGCCCGCAUCACGACCCCCAUUUUCCCCAGUGCCCGGAUAGGCAUGUCCCCGUGGAACUGCGAUAACGCCAUGCUCUGGGGGAGGAAAUCGGCCACAAUAAACCCUAAUAGGACCAGCAUGCACAGGAAUGACUCCCAGAGGCCGGGGAAGCAUGGCGUGCCGCCAGAAACGCUACAGCAAAUGGCAAAUAAUAAUUUCCUCUCUACCUUAUCCCCCGAACACUGCAGACCUUUAGCGGGAGAAUGCAUGAACAAGCUGAAAUGCGGCGCCGGCGAAGCAGAGAUAAUGAAUCUCCAGGAACGUGUCGGAACUUUUUCCGCCAUUCCGGCUUUAGGGGGCAUCUCAUUACCUCCCGGGGUCAUCGUCAUGACAGCCCUUCACUCCCCCGCAGCCUCGGCAGCCGUUACAGACAGUGCGUUUCAAAUUGCCAAUCUGGCAGACUGCCCACAGAAUAAUUCCUCUGCGUCCGGCGGGAACCCGGCGAAGAAGAAAAGGAAGCGGUGCGGGGUGUGCGCGCCCUGCCGGCGGCUAAUCAACUGCGGCGUGUGCAGCAGUUGUCGGAACCGUAAGACGGGCCACCAGAUCUGCAAGUUCAGGAAAUGUGAGGAGCUGAAAAAGAAACCGGGCUCGUCGUUGGAGAGGACACCAGUCAACAAUGGCGAGGCAUUCCGGUGGUUCUUUUAGAGCGCCCGACCUUAGUGACAUCAACACGCGGUCAGAGGUCCAGUUAGAACUCUGACAUCACUGCAGGAAGCACUGGGGGUUCAGAGAACCCAAACAACCUCCCAGUUUUUAAACCAGGAGGCAGAAACUCUAAAAAGAUGAAACGAUAAACAUUAUGGUGUUGGUUUAACUCUGUCAUUUCCUUUCCUGUGUAAUUAUUGUACCUUUUGACAGUAUCAUAAUGUCUAUUUUCGGUGUAUAUGAAUGUGUUUCAGUGUCGUUUGGCUGUAAAGUUUACAGUCAAUCUUAUGUAAAGGACUCAAUGGACAAUCAUCACCAAUACGUCAACAACAAAGAUGGCCGCUGCUGGGAUUGAUCAUGUGAUCGUCACACACAACCUUGGAGCAAUAAUCUUUAAAGUUGAUUAUUCUGCUUGUGUUUUCCCUUUAUUUCCGUUUUCAAAUUAUUAUAUCGAAGCUGAAUUAUUUUUUAUAAAAUGUGUCAUUUUUGUUUAAUGCUUGCAUUCCCUGUUUGUGUAUGUGCGCGCGCCUCUGACUGAGGGAAACUAUAAGGUCCUCCUUGGUAAAUGUGAUGUAUCAUAUAAGUGACGCACCAUGCCAGAGAGAACGGCAUUAUUAUUUAGAUGCUUUCAUUGGGGGUUUCUUUCAGUUUUUGUCCAGCGCGUUACGAAACAGGGCACAUUGUCUUGUGUAGCGAGUUGUACUUUAUUGGAAAACAAAAAGGAGCAUCGUUGUGUUACAGUUACUGCACAAAGGGGUGGUUGUGAGUCAGACUGUUUCUAUUUGGUUUUGAUACGCUUUAAAGAUGCUGUUAUGAUUCGCUAUUUCAUGUAACUGUCUUGCCACCUCCUGACCAUCCUCUGGUUUUUGUUUGAAAUACAAAGGUCAUCUUAUAGGUAACACUAUACUUAAAUCCUGCAGGUAUAAUGCCUCAUUACUUAUAUCCUGCAGGCAUAAUGCUUCAUUACUUGUUUAUUAGCAGGCAUAAUGCUUCAUUACUUGUUUAUAAGCAGGUAUAAUGCUUCAUUACUUGUUUAUUAGCAGGUAUAAUGCUUAAUUGCUUGUUUAUAAGCAGGUAUAAUGCUUCAUUACUUGUUUAUAAGCAGGCAUAAUGCUUCAUUACUUGUUUAUAAGCAGGCAUAAUGCUUCAUUACUUGUUUAUAAGCAGGCAUAAUGCUUCAUUACUUGUUUAUAAGCAGGUAUAAUGCUUUAUUGCUUGUUUAUAAGCAGGUAUAAUGCUUCAUUACUUGUUUAUAAGCAGGUAUAAUGCUUCAUUACUUGUUAUUAGCAGGUAUAAUGCUUUAUUGCUUGUUUAUAAGCAGGUAUAAUGCUUCAUUACUUGUUAUUAGCAGGUAUAAUGCUUUAUUACUUGUUUAUAAGCAGGUAUACUGCUUCAUUACUUGUUUAUAAGCAGGUAUAAUGCUUCAUUACUUGUUUAUAAGCAGGUAUAAUGCUUCAUUACUUGUUAUAAGCAGGUAUAAUGCUUCAUUACUUGUUAUUAGCAGGUAUAAUGCUUCAUUACUUGUUUAUAAGCACGUAUAAUGCUUCAUUACUUGUUAUAAGCAUGUAAUGUCCGUUACAAUGUCUUAUGAGGUUUAUGAUAUAUACUUGCAGACUAAGUAAAGUGUUACCGGUUAUUACACCCAAGCUGUCUAAAAGGGAGGUAUUAAUAAUACUAGUAAAGGAAUUCUGAGGUUAAAUUAACAUGAUUCAAAUGGAAUAUUAAGUCAACAGUACAGUUUACAUAUCUGACAACAGUUAUAUACAUUAUAACUGAUAUGUUCACUGUGAGUAUCUGUCUGACUACAGUUAUUCUGGAAGUACGGGACUUUCCAUACCUUUCUCCUGCAGAGACCACAAUAACAACAAAUGUCUGUUGAGCUGAAGCAAGAAGUGAACACAUUCCAAAAACGACAAAAAUUAUUCAAUAAAUGACUCAUCGUCUUCAAAACCCUAUUGUUGCAUGUGUAAAUGUGUUUUGGUUUUAAAGAUUAACAAGAAUUUGUAUAUUGUUGUUGUGAUGCUUUUAUGUGUUAAAAUAAAAAAAAGGACUAAAAACAAAUAUUUUGAAUGUCAACGAAUAACGCAACAUUUUUAUCCUCACAUUGUACAAUUAAAUAUUGGAUUAUGAUUCACCUGCAA